CGGUAGUUCUCGGCGCCUGAUGGUUACCGUGAUCAGGAUUGCGUUGUCUAAUUCAGUUUUUUCAAUUUUUUAUUAACGAGUUAGUAUCGUCAUCAGUCCCUACCACGGAGUCCCGCGGUUGGUCACGGUCGCAAAAUAACAUUUAUCGUUCGCGAGCAACCCAUAAGCGGGACAGCGCUUUCCUGACGUCAUAGAUUUCUUAACGCGUAGAGGUGGGGAUAUACGUUUUCAGGCGUAUUUCUCAAACAUUUAUUCCAAGUGGAAAUCAACCUGUACCUCCGCGGCGUUGACAUACGUCGUUCACACACAGGAUCUUCUCUUCUAUCGUCCGAAGGUUUGCUUCUUUGACGGAGGUGAAAUAUAUAAAUUAUGGCUUCUUCGCCGGUGACGGAGUUUUACCGGGGCAAAACAGUGUUUAUCACCGGUGGUACGGGAUUUCUCGGUAUCUGUCUCAUCGAAAAAUUGCUGAGGGCCUGUCCGGACAUCAAAAAUAUUUACCUUCUCCUCAGACCGAAAAAGGGAAAGAAAAUUGAGGAGAGGUUAGAGGAAUUAACCAAAGAUCCGGUUUUUGAGACCCUCAAAGAAAAAGGUAGCUCUGAUGCGCUUCAAAAAUUAAUCGGAGUCGCCGGUGAUGUUGGCGAAGAAGGAUUGGGGUUGAGCGCAGCUGAUCGACAGACUCUGAUCAACAAUGUUCAAAUUGUCGUUCAUUCUGCAGCUACAUUGGACUUUGAAGCUACUAUGAGACCCACAGUUAACAUCAAUUUGCUAGGAACACGCAGAGUCGUACAACUAUGUAAAGAAAUCAGAGGUUUCGAGGGACUUGUGCACGUGUCCAGCGCAUAUGUAAAUUCUACGCUUAGUGAACCGACUGAAAAAGUUUAUCCCCCACCUGCAGAAGUUGAUAAGAUUUUGAAGAUGGUCAAGGAAUUAGACGAUAAGGAAUUGGACAAUGCGACACCUGGAAUUUUGGGAAACCAUCCCAAUACCUAUACAUUCACGAAACAUUUAGCUGAGCACGAAGUCCUCAAUAGUUCAUUACCUGCGGCUAUCGUCAGACCAUCUAUGAUAACUGCGGCAUGGAAGGAGCCCGUUCCUGGAUGGACAAUCUCUAAGAAUGGACCGCAAGGUUUUAUAAUGGGAGCUAGCACUGGAGUACUGAGACGACUACCAGUAGCCUCGUCUCUGAUUUACGACUACAUUCCUGUUGACAUAGUCGUCAACAAUCUUAUUGUUGCUGGAUACAAUAUCACGCAUGACCGUGAGCCAGGCGUGAAAGUUUAUCAUUGUACGUCGAGUACCUGCAAUCCUUUCAAGUGGGAGAGCAUUGAAACAAAAAUUAACGAGUAUCUGCACACUUACCCCUUACAAAGAGCUGUUUGGUACCCGCACAUCAAGCUUCUGCCUUCGCUGUUGUUGUAUAGAAUCUCCGCCAUUUUCGUUCACAUGAUUCCAGCAUACAUUCUCGAUACAGUCACUCGCGUAUCUGGGGGAAGACCAAUCUUGGUGCGUUUACACACAAAUGUGAAUAGAUCCUUGGGUCGCCUUGAAAAAUUCAUAUUCACCGAAUGGAAAUUCAGCAAUCCCCGUACGCUUGCUCUCCACGAAUCGCUGUCGGACGUUGAUAAGGAAAAGUUUUCACUUGACAUCAGACCGUUGAAUUGGCAACUUUACUUCAUUGACUUUGUCCAGGGAGUCAGGCGAUAUCUCAGCAAAGAAAAUCCAAAGAAUUUGGAUAAGGCUCGAUCAAAGGAUAAGAUACUGAUGAUCGCGCACUUGGCUCUGCAAGCUGGAUUAUUGGGUCUGACUUGGUGGAUAGUGAAACUCUUGCUGGCCACAACGUGGACAAGAACUGGAUGGGUUGUGCCUUUAGCGUACAUGAUUUUUGGUUUAUUGUAGACAGCGGACAUGUGUAACAAUGAUUUGAUGACAUCAAUGGAUAACCCCAUCGAAAUCGAGGAAUUUUCACAUUACGAGAUUAGAAAUUAUCCAGUAGAGUGCAGAGUUGGAUUAUUAGUUCCGCAACUGGUGAUUGAACCUUACUGGCAUUUAAUUAAAUUAUAGUAUUAUAGUAUAACAAUAUAUACAAGUUAUCCAGAAUGAAGACGGAUAUAUGCCGACGAAUAUUUUAAAUAUUUAAAAAUAUUUUCGUACCCAUAAAGUCUUUGAGGAGAGAUCUGUUAAUUUUAUAGAAAAUAGGCUAAUUACUCUGAUUUGCUUUUAUGGUACUACCUAUGUCAUAGACCAUCUAAAAGUUCAAUCAGUUUGAUAAUUAAAACUCAUCGGAUUACACAUGUGUAAGAUAUUUACUUGGGUUAGUUUUUUGUGGUGUCAAUAAAUGGGUUCUCAAUUUAA